AUGAAUGAUACUCUUUUUGAUACAAAAGUCUUAGAUAACUUCGAAUAAGAGUUUUAAUAAGUUCAUGAUGAUAUCAAUCCUAAAAUACAUUCUCGUAUUGCUCCAUUAAUUUUUGCAAUUAAAGGAUUAAAAUAAGAGAUAAAUCAAGUCUUUGCUGAUUUCAUUAGAGAAACUAAUAAAGCCACUGAUGUUUUACGUAUAAAAGAUAUGUUCGAAGCAGUGUUAAUGGAAUAUAAUUUAAGAGAAAAAGAAAGUAAUAAAUUAAUGGAAGCCAUAUUAUAAAACGAUUCUAAAUAAAUUAGAUAAAUCUCUUAAUUACUUAAAGAGAUUCGUGAACUUCAACAUGAAGUAAAUCAAUUUCAAAGGUAAAGUGAGGUCAAACGAUAAAGACAAUGUGGUAUUUUUAAAGGAAAUCCAACAGAUUUUAAGAAAUAAAAUACUUAAAUUAUAGAUGAAACCAGUAUUUAUGAUUGGGUUGUCGAUAUAGAUUUCAUAACCUCUAUAAAUAGUACGGGAUGGAAAGUUUGGUUGUCUCCAAAAAUGAUAAAUUAAGAAAUCAUCAAUAUAAAAGCUUUAGAAGGUGCAACUGUUGCAGUAACUGGACUCUAUGAUAAAGGAAAAACCUUUGUUUUAAAUAGUCUUACUAUGAGCAAUCUACCUUCUGGAAAGAAAGUUACAACUAGAGGUAUUUCUUUUAAGCAUGUAAAUGUUGAUAAUGGUACUAAACUUAUUUUAGUGGACACAGCUGGAACUUAUAGUCCUGUCAAAAUUGAAAAUGAAUUGUCAAUUGUAGAUAAAGAAGCCACAGAAACAUUUAUAUCUGAUUUGGUAUUUGAUUUAGCAGAUUACUUUUUAUGCGUUGUCAAUGAUUUUACAAGUCUUGAUUAGAGAUAUUUAGAUAGAUUAAGUCGUAAUUUAUAGCAAAGUCCCAAUAAAACAUUUAGAGAAAUUAUUGUUAUUCAUAAUCUUAAAGAUGUUGAGUCAACUGAAAUUUUAGAACAUGUUUGGAGUACUCAAGUGACUUAAAUUUAUGCAAAUGGAACUCUUUAAAAAACUAAAGUAGCUGCACUUAACCCAAUUAAUAAAUAACUCUAAGAAAAGCAUGUACUUUGGUUUAAGACUCCUUACACUAGACAUGUAUGCAUUGUAAAUGAUGAUUGCAAUUUAGGAAAAAGUUUAAAUCCUUGGGUAUUUUCACUUUUAAGAUACUGGUUAAAAGCUGUCUUUAUUCCUGUAAAUAGGAGCUUUUCAGUUUUAGAUUGUUUAUUGAUUUAAUCAAGAUAAAAAUUAGUAAAUUUUUUUAGAAAGAACAUAAAAAUAGACUUGAAAAAUACAGAUGAUCCAUUAAUAAAGGUGAUUAAAACAGAAAAUGAAUUUCAAGAUAAAAUUUAAAUCCCUUAAGGGUAGGUUGAUAUGAGUGGUUUAAUCACGGGAUAAUAAGAUUCAUUUUAGCCUGCAACAGAUAUAAUAGCUGGUGAUUAAUACAUAAUUUUAAUGGAUGCUCCAGGUUUAACUAAUGAUGAUGUUGAUAUUCAAAGAUAAAAUGUAGUAACUUUAGUAAAAGGAAACAAAUAGAGACCUUACAUAAAUCAAGGAUAAUUAGAAAAGAGUGAAAGAAAAUAUGGGGAAUUCACACUCACAUUUAAAGUAUUCUCUUUAUACUAAAUGAUUAGAUUCCUGAUAUUUAUGAAAGGUAAUGGUCUUAUUUUGGAGUUGAGAAGGGAGUUAUCACAAUAAAAUACGAUAAAGAUAAGGAUGAUAUAUGA